AAUUAGUAUCAAACUCUGAAAAUGUCUGGUCGUGGUAAAGGAGGUAAAGUGAAGGGAAAGAGUAAGACCCGUUCAUCCCGUGCUGGACUUCAGUUCCCUGUCGGUCGUAUCCACCGUCUUCUCCGUAAGGGAAACUAUGCCCAACGUGUCGGUGCCGGAGCUCCAGUCUACUUGGCUGCUGUAAUGGAAUAUUUGGCUGCCGAAGUGUUGGAAUUGGCAGGAAAUGCUGCCAGAGACAACAAGAAAUCGAGAAUUAUUCCCCGUCAUUUGCAGUUGGCCAUCCGUAACGACGAGGAGUUGAACAAACUUUUGUCUGGAGUGACCAUCGCCCAGGGUGGUGUU